AUGUCAAAAUCAGAAGGUGGACCAGGUCCAUCAACAUCUGGUGUAUCUCGUGUUAAAGAUGAUAAAGUUGAUGAACCAGUUGAAAAAAAACAAACAGUUCUUGAAACACAUGGUUAUUCUUUGGGCAAAACUAUUGGUACUGGUUCCUAUGCAACUGUCAAGAUUGCUCAAUCAGAUCGUCAUGACUGUGAUGUUGCAAUAAAAAUUGUAUCAAAAUUCCAAGCACCAAAUGAUUAUUUAAAAAAAUUUUUACCACGUGAAAUUGAAGUUGUCAAGGGUCUCAGACAUUCAAACUUGAUACGUUUUUUACAAGCAAUUGAAACAACUCAUCGAGUUUACAUUAUAAUGGAGUAUGCUGAAAAUGGAAGUUUACUAGACAUAAUACGUCGUGAUUCGUACAUUGACGAGGUCAGAAGUAGAAAAUGGUUUCGAGAAUUGAUAGAAGCUGUUCAACAUUGUCAUGAUCGUGGUGUUGUUCACAGAGACAUCAAGUGUGAAAAUCUUUUGAUGGAUCAAUAUUAUAAUAUAAAAAUAUCAGACUUUGGAUUUGCACGUGGACAUAUGAAACAAAAUAAGGAUGGUAUAACACCACUCAGUGAAACAUUUUGUGGUAGUUAUGCAUAUGCAUCACCAGAAAUAUUACGUGGAAUUCCAUAUCAACCAAAUUUAGCUGAUAUAUGGUCACUUGGUGUUGUACUUUAUGCAAUGGUUUAUGGAAGACUUCCAUUUGAUGAUACAAAUUAUGCUCAUCUUCUAAAGCAAGUUCAAAGCAAGGUGACAUUUAUUAAAUAUCCAAAAGUAUCAUAUGCAUGUCGAGCAUUGAUAUCGAGAAUUCUUGUUCCACAAAGAUCACGAGCAAGAAUUGAAGCAAUCAAACAAGAUCCUUGGCUAAUAAUACCAACAACAUCAGUACAUACAUCAGUCUCAAAUGAAUCAAUUGUUGAUAUUAUCAAAAAUGAUAAUCAAGUUGCAAUUGAACCACAAAUAGUAUUAUCUGAUGAUAAAGUACAAGAUUUGUCAAGCUAAAUAAUUAUCAUUUUUUUUAU